UUCGAUGCACCUGAAUCAAUGAUCCAAGACUCAGAGGAUGAAGAUUGAGAGACACAAGUCACGCUAUUACCUCUUUGAACAACGGAAGCUCUCUCUGAAGAUGUCUGCUUACCUGCUUUGUACUGAAGAAACUCAAAAUAAUCCACUAAAGAAACCAUCCGACUAUUCAAAGUAUCGAUUCCCAUGUCGCUACAAUUAAUAGUAGUAGGGUUAACUUGAAAUAGUGAAAAUUAGUAACUCCUUUGGGAAAACUGAAGAAAUCGCUGAGAAAACACUGUUUACAGCAGGAAAACAGAACACUGUUCUGCGCUGGAAAACACUGUUCACUCCAGAAAUAUUGUAGCUCUCGGAAUAUUACUGUAGCAACCGGAAAAAAUUCAAAGUGGUCGGAAUAAAAAAAAAACAGUAGGGGUAGGAUCGGAAUUACCAGACGACCCAACUGUUCUGGAGAAACUUUUUCAAAAAAAUUGCCGGAAGUCCACUUUUGAAAUCAUUGUUCACGCCGGAAAAAAAGUGGUCAGAAUUUGGUGUAAACUGGAUGGGUAGGCUCGGAAUUGCAAGGGGAACAAUCUGUCCUGAAGAAUCGUCGCUAAAAAAUGGCCGCAAGGUGGCCCACGCAACGUCAGAACUUCGCCGGAAAAUUUUCUUCCGACCGCUACACUACCGCCGGGGAUUUUCACUGGGGUUUGGUCGCGAAACAGUGACUACUCUUGUGGUAGUGUUGGAUUUUUCACAUCACUAACCGAGACAAAGCAGACGCAAAACAACUUUUAAAAGUAACCUGAAAAAAAAGGGUUCGGGUGACUGAUUUCACUUCCCGGAAUCGCUGGAAUUUAUGCACAGCGAUAAAUCUAUCACGAUAGCUCUGAUACCAUGUGAGAAGGCACGGGAGAAAAUAUGAUAUAUUGAUAUUGUGUGUUCAAUACAAUACAAGCGAUUCUUAUUUAUAGCUAUACUAUACACGAACAUACUACUCCUAUUCCAAUGUGGGACAAGACUACGUUAUGUACAUAUCUAACGCCAACGACAAAAAAUUCGACUGGACUUGGAUUAGAGUUCUGGGCCUCUCUCUAAACUUUGGAACAAGAAGGUGAUGAAAAUAAUCGGUGACAAAUGCGGAGGAUGGUUGGAAACAGAAGAGGAAAUUGAUCUCAGAAACCACCUGAGAUGGGCUCGUUUAAAAGUUAAAGGGCCUCCAAAAUUAAUCCCUGCUAGGUUUGAGAUUGAAUACGAUGGUUUGAUUUUCACAAUCCCGGUAUGGAGUGAAACUCCGGUGUACUUCCGGCGAUUGGAGGAAGUAGAUAGUUGGUAUGGGGUGGGGGUGAUUAGUAGGGUAGAGGAGAAGGACUGCGAUGGGACAGAAGUGGGUGGGGGAACAGUCGAGGUUAAUGCGUCGUAUAAUCCAGUGGUUAUAAGGGGUAGUGGUUCUUUAGGGGUAAUCAAUGGAGUUAAGGGAGUUUUUAAAAAAUAAUGGGCGGGGACGGGUAGAAGGUGAAGUAAAGGGGCUUUGUCAGGUUGAGGAUAAUGGGCCCAACUCUGUAAGCAGCCCAGGUUUUGGUUGUUAUAAUAAAGGGGAGGUGAGUCACUUACGUGAGAAGCAUGUGGGUGUGAAGAAUCCAGUUGGGCCACUCUUUGGGCCAAAAGAAAAUCCAACCAAGGAAGCUGAAAAAGGUUUUCUUAAGCCCAAUCAAAACACCACAAGUAAAGAGUCUGAAGGCCUUUAUCUAAACACGGUGGGAGGAAAUAUCGAAGCUCUCCUUGCUCAGAUAAAAUCCAUGGUGGCAGAAUCAAUUCGUGAAGAACAACAGAAAAUGGAAGACUGUAUCUUGGCUCAGGAGCAACUUCUUCUCUCUCUCAAACAAUCUACCCUCAACAAAUCAUCAACCUCAGAGAGAGAGGAUUAUGAAGGACCAAUUGGGGAAAAUCUGGGCUCUCAUCUUCCUCUCAUCAAUUACUGUCAAGGUGAACCAGAGGAUGAGGAUGCCCAAACAGUCUUUGUAGACUGCCCCUCUGAUAGCGAAGGCUUUUCUGAUGAACCAGGCAUGCAAUUGGUUCAACAUCACCAGAUUGUUAUUGCAGAAUCAAUUGAGGAGCAUCCUCAUAACUGUGACCUAGAUGUCCCUGCAUGGAUCAAAAGAAACAUUGGAAAGAUGAGCAAAACAUAUGGUGUGAGCUUUGAAGGAUGCGAAUGGGAAGCUAUGGCUCUUUUUUUGAAGUAGACAGUAGGAAAAAGAAGAUGAAGGCAAUGAUGCGAUCAAAGAACAAAAGCACAAGGGGUUUCAACAAAAUUAAAGGGAGUUUAUGAAAGGAAGAACCUGAAGGUUGGAGUGAAAUACAAAGACGGAAUCCCAAGGAACAGAGGGAGGCAACUUCUCAUUAAAAGUUAAUGAAGAUACAUAUAAUUU